CUGCACCGCCUUCUAGAGAAGCGACAGGAAGGUGCGGAAACGUUGGAGCUGAGUGCGGACGGGCGCCCGGUGACCACACAGACCAGGGAUCCGCCGGUCCUGGACUGCACGUGCUUCGGCCUCCCUCGCCGCUACAUCAUCGCCAUCAUGAGCGGCCUAGGCUUCUGCAUCAGCUUUGGCAUCCGCUGCAACCUGGGUGUGGCCAUUGUCUCCAUGGUCAACAACAGCACGACCCACCAUGGGGGCCACGUGGUGGUGCAGAAAGCCCAGUUCAGCUGGGAUCCAGAAACCGUCGGCCUCAUACACGGCUCGUUUUUUUGGGGCUACAUUGUCACCCAGAUUCCUGGAGGAUUUAUCUGCCAAAAAUUCGCAGCCAACAGGGUUUUUGGCUUUGCAAUCGUGGCUACAUCCACUCUAAACAUGCUGAUCCCCUCGGCUGCACGCGUCCACUACGGCUGCGUCAUCUUCGUGAGGAUCCUGCAGGGGUUGGUAGAGGGGGUCACGUACCCCGCCUGCCACGGGAUCUGGAGCAAAUGGGCCCCACCCUUGGAGCGGAGUCGCUUGGCUACAACGGCCUUUUGCGGUUCCUACGCCGGGGCGGUGGUCGCGAUGCCUCUCGCCGGGGUCCUGGUGCAGUACUCGGGAUGGAGCUCCGUGUUCUACGUCUACGGCAGCUUCGGGAUCUUCUGGUAUCUCUUCUGGCUGCUGGUCUCCUAUGAGUCCCCGGCGCUGCACCCCAGCAUCUCGGAGGAAGAGCGGAAGUACAUCGAAGACGCCAUCGGCGAGAGCGCCAAACUCAUGAACCCCGUCACGAAGUUUAACACACCCUGGCGGCGGUUCUUCACGUCCAUGCCGGUGUACGCCAUCAUAGUGGCCAAUUUCUGUCGCAGUUGGACCUUCUACCUGCUCCUUAUCUCCCAGCCCGCCUACUUCGAAGAAGUGUUUGGCUUUGAGAUCAGCAAGGUGGGCCUGGUGUCCGCGCUGCCCCACCUGGUCAUGACCAUCAUCGUGCCGAUCGGCGGCCAGAUCGCCGACUUCCUGCGAAGCCGGAGGAUCAUGUCCACCACCAACGUGCGCAAGUUGAUGAACUGCGGGGGUUUCGGCAUGGAAGCCACGCUCCUGCUGGUGGUCGGCUACUCUCACUCCAAAGGCGUGGCCAUCUCCUUCCUGGUCCUCGCAGUGGGCUUCAGCGGCUUCGCCAUCUCGGGGUUCAACGUGAACCACCUGGACAUCGCCCCGCGCUACGCGAGCAUCCUCAUGGGCAUAUCCAACGGUGUGGGCACGUUGUCCGGGAUGGUGUGCCCCAUCAUCGUGGGCGCCAUGACUAAGCACAAGACUCGAGAGGAAUGGCAGUACGUGUUCCUCAUCGCCUCCCUGGUGCACUAUGGGGGUGUCAUCUUCUACGGGGUCUUCGCUUCUGGAGAGAAGCAGCCGUGGGCGGAGCCUGAACAGAUGAGUGAAGAGAAGUGUGGCUUCGUUGGCCACGACCAGCUGGCUGGCAGUGAUGACAGCGAAAUGGAGGAUGAGGUUGAGCCCCCGGGGGCACCCCCUGCUCCUCCCCCCUCCUAUGGGGCCACACACAGCACAGUUCAGCCCCCGAGGCCCCCGCCCCCUGUCCGGGACUACUGACCAUGUGCCUCCCACUGAAUGGCAGUUUCCAGGACCUCCACUCCACACAUCUCUGGCCUGAGCAACAGUGUCAAGGGACCCCACUCCUCUGUGUCCUGCCUCAGGCCUGAGAAGCUCGCUCUCUUGUUCCUAGUGCUGUCAAAUCCUCUUCCCAAAUGCCUCUCAGGGGUAGUGAAGCUGCAAACCGGCAGUUUCAAGGAUACCCACGUUUCCCUGAAGGCCUCCUAAUGAGUUUCCGGGUCUCCUUCCCCACUCGUCUGCCUCAGUGGUUUCACAUAUCUCCUUUCAGGGCUUUCUUUGAAUGGACAGUCAAACCUCUUACUCUCUGGUGGUUUCAAGGCUUCUGGUUUCUUUUAACACCAGGGACUGUCAAGCUACCCCUGGGGUUACCCAGCCCAAACUCCUUUCAGAAAAAUUCAAGGUCCUUCCGCUUAGAAGUUUCACAUUCUCCCAACUCUGUUCCACAUUUUCUGGGUUGGUUUAUCGCAUCCUUGCCAUUCCAGGGAUUAAUUCUCACCAGCGUUUCUGAGGGGAAAUGGCGGUUUCAAGUCCCCCCUUGCACAUUCUCCCCUCACCCCACUCCCCGCCAGCAGAUCCUAAAGACUCUUUUGCUGAAGCACCAAAUUCCCCAAGACCUCUUCCCUAGCUUAGAAAAUGCCUAGGGAAACCACCACAACAGCGGGUUUAAUAACAAUAUGCCCCUCUCCACCCCAAUGCACUUUCUCCAACACACUUUUCAGGUCUAAGUAGUGGCUGCUCAAGUCUGUCAUCUCAAUGGUUAGAAACCACCACCACUGAGUUUCCCUAUGGUGGUUUCAAGGCCUCCCCCUUCCCCUCAAUUCCUUGCACUUUAUCCUCCUGGGUGGUUUCAAGCAACCCCCAGUUUCUCAGUGGCCAUUUGUUGUGUCCCUCAGGGGCUAAAUACUAAAAAAUCUGGGAUCCUUCCCCUCUCAGACACCCCUCUUUUAGCUUAAGAAUCGGGGGGACAUAUAUUGGAGAAAUCACAAAAUACCGGGAAUGGGAAUGGAGGGGAGGGCUGUGUUCCCCCCCAGGGGCAGGGUUGUGUCUUUGUGUCUGUCUGGGUGACUGUAAAACCUGCCCUGCCCCCACUCCCAAUAAAAUGCUUUGGUGUACAGACUC